AUGAUGCAAUCGAUUAUGCAAUUGAAUCAAAAAAGGAAACUACAUUUAAGGUUAGGCUUAAUAAAUUAACUAAUAUCUUAAAAUGCUAUAAUAUAAUUAGCCCUUUAGAACUAGAAAUUGAAGUAAAAAUUGCAGAAAUUUAACUUGCAAAGUAGUAGUAAUAAGAAACCUAUUAAUAAAAUAAUUAGUAGUUCAAUUAAUUUUUAGGUAAGUUAAACAAAAUAGAAAAUCAAUAGGAUGAAUAAAAUGAAUAUUGGAUAAAUGGGACUAAUGAUACAUUAAUUAUUUUAAAGUAUUUAGAUGAUUAAUCAUCAUCAAUAAUAGAAAAUUCUGAUAAAAAACUUAGAGAGGUAUUCGUUUAAGUUAUUGAAAUGA